CUCAAAUCGAUUUCCAAGUUUUCCCAACUGCCUGGAAUCGAGCAAAUUCUUCAAAUCAUUCCCAAUUUGUAUAGUUACUUUAUCUGCAUCUGAUCCCAGCGCCACAAACCAAACGUCAAUACCCUCCUUGGUUUUAUUUGGGUUGGCACAAUUCUUCUCGCCAUUCACAAUGAGUAUGUCACUAGCGUUUAAUUGUCUGCCUUUCAGAUCAUGCGAUAUUUCAGCGAUCUCUUCUCUGAAAUCUUUCUCAACUUUACAAAAUUCAUACCAUGUGUACUCCAUUGUCACAAUCACAUAUACAUCAAAUUCAGCUUGUGGGGGUUGUUUAGUUGGUGAUGGUGUUGUGCUUGUUGCUGGUGGUGCUGCAGUUGUUGGUGCUGGUGCUGUGCUUGUUGCUGGUGGUACUACAGGUGAUGGCGAUGGUGCUAUACUUGUUCCUGGUGGUACUGCAGUUGUUGGUGGUGCUGCUGUGCUUGUUCCCGGUGGCACUGCAGUUGUUGGUGAUAGUGCUGUGCUUGUUCCUGGUGGUACUGCGCGUGUUGGUGUUGGUGAUGGUGCUGUGCUUGUUCCUGGUGGUAUUGCGGGUGUUGGUGAUGGUGCUGUGCUUGCUCCUGGUGGUACCGCGGGUGAUGGUGCUGUGCUUGUUCCUGGUGGUACUGUGGGUGAUGGUGCUGUGCUUGUUCCUAGUGGUACUGCAGGUGAUGGUACUGUGCUUGUUCCUAAUGGUACUGCAGGUGUUGGUGAUGUGCUUGUUCCUAGUGGUACUGCAGGUGAUGGUGAUGUGCUUGUUCCUGGUGGUAGUGCAGGUGAUGGUGAUGUGCUUGUUCCUAGUGGUACUGCAGGUGUUGGUGCUGUGUUUGUUCCUAGUGGUACUGCAGGUGAUGGUGAUGUGCUUGUUCCUGGUGGUAGUGCAGGUGAUGGUGAUGUGCUUGUUCCUAGUGGUACUGCAGGUGUUGGUGAUAGUGCUGUGCUUGUUCCUAGUGGUACUGCAGGUGAUGGUGAUGUGCUUGUUCCUAGUGGUACUGCAGGUUUUGGUGAUGGUGAUGUGCUUGUUCCUAGUGGUACUGCGGGUGAUGGUGAUGGUGCUGUGCUUGCUCCUGGUGGUACCGCGGGUGACGGUGCUGUGCUUGUUCCUUGAUUAGCCUGUGUUGUUGUGCUUUGACCAUUCCCUAACGAGAAAGGAAACAAUAAACCAAUUAUAGUAAGUAUUAUUAAGGCGUAAAGUUCGACUUAUGGAUUCAAGAAUGGGCAACGGGCUGUAUUCGAGAAGACAAUCGCUGUAACCUGAGAUUUC